CGUGUGUCCCGUUUCUUACCAUUUAGAGUAGUUUGUGAUGUAUAUUCAUAGCAGUAUAAGGCUAGUCGAGGUCUUAUAAAAAUUCAGUUAUGCUCCGCUAACAAUGUUCUUCAGACGUAGAGAUUCAUUCAACAUGUGACGUGCCGAGCAGCAGCUGUCAAAGUUUGAACUUGAGGGCCCAUGUGGAGGCAUUUUGAGUCCGUUCGCGGUUGCUUUGGCUUUAGACAGCUGACACGCCAUGGCAUCAUCGGUAAAACUCUAAUAGGAGGUGAUGGAGAGUGAGGGUUAUUUCUAGUGUAUCCAGAUGAUUGUAUUAUAUUAUACAUUAGAUCAUUUCUCUCGAUAGUGGGAUACUAACCCUACUUCGAAAUGACGACUACAUCGGAAUAAGUAUGAGAAAGUAGGCAUCGUAUGUCACACAAUAAACCUAUAGUAAUUAUCUUAAAAGUUGUUCAAUUCGUUCUAUUUCAUCUGAUCUCCGAAUGAUGACUCCAAAACCAGCUCUUAUAGCUAGAUAAGAGUAAAAACGUAUAAGUCUUUCUUUAUUGAUAUAAAACCCCUCGAUGUUUUAAAAGAUAAACCCUCACUCUCGAUAAUCUGAUAGUCCGAAACGACGAGAUGACUUCCCUCAUAACGAUGAACAUCCCAGCACUCAGAUCAGCAUUUUCAGCUACCAGCAGACGCACAUUCAGCACUAGCAGAGCAAAGCUAGAUGCUUUAGUAUACCUCGAACAUCGUGAUGGUAAAAUCAACCCUGGAUCUUUAUCUGCCCUCACUGCAGCCCAGAAAGUAGACGGAAAAGUAGUCGGUUUAGUAGCAGGCAGCGAGAAUGUAGAUAGUGUAGUAGAAGAAGCUAAGAAAUUACCUGUUAACAAGCUUUUGCUCGCUAAGUCGGAUAUUUACAACCAUCAUUCACCAAGUACACUCGCACCAUUACUUAAAUCAAUAGUCGAGAAUGACAGCGCUAUUACACACUUAUUCGCUGUUCACAGCGCCGUUGGAAAGAAUGUCCUCCCACGUGCUGCUGCCUUGCUCGACACUUCGAUCAUCGCCGAUAUCCUUAACUUGGAAAAUGGCGGUACUGAAUUCACAAGAGGUAUCUAUGCUGGUAAUGCAAUCAGCACUAUAAAGAGCGAUGAGCCUAAGAAGGUCGUCACUGUGAGAGGAACCGCAUUUGAUGCUGCUGUUGCUGGUUCAAGUGAGGUUGCGGUUGAAGAAAUAGCAGCAGUUGAUGCAAAAGACCACGCUCCAUAUGUCUCCUCCGAAAUGACAGUUACUGCUCGCCCUGAUUUAGGCAGCGCAUCAAGAGUAAUCUCAGGUGGAAGAGCACUCAAAUCAGCUGAGAACUUCAACCAAAUUAUUGAACCCCUCGCCGAUAAGCUUGGCGCUGCUAUUGGUGCAUCUAGAGCUGCCGUUGAUAGUGGAUACGCCGACAAUUCAUUGCAAGUUGGACAAACUGGUAAGAUUGUCGCACCAGAACUUUAUAUGGCUAUUGGUAUCUCUGGUGCCAUCCAACAUCUUGCUGGUAUGAAAGAUUCAAAAUUGAUUGUUGCAGUCAACAAGGACCCAGAGGCACCAAUAUUCCAAAUCGCUGACGUUGGACUUGUCGCAGAUUUAUUCGAAGCAGUACCAGAAAUAACAAAGAAGAUAGACACAUAAAUUCUAUAAACAUUGUAAUUUAGAUAUAAUUUCUUUUUUUUUCACG